AUGUUUGAUUCUUCCUCAGAUACAGAGCAUGAAGUAACAGCUUCUAGUCAAUUAGACACUACAACUGAUUCACAAUUACUUGUUGAAUCAAGAAAUGAACAAUUACAAGAAGAACUCGCAUCAUUAACGAAACAAUAUAACAGCUUACAAGCUCAGUUCGAGCAAGCUGUCAAGUUAACACAAAGUGUUGAUACAAUACAUAAAGAAAACGAAGGACUUAAAGUUCAAAUCCGUGAAUUGACAAAUGAGAAACAAGAUCUUUUGCAUCGCCUUGAAAUAGCAAAAUUGGCUCAUGAAGAAGUAUUAAAGAAGUUCCAAUCUGCAUCAGAAGAGAAUGCAACUCAGAGAGAUCACGAUAUCUCUGGAAUGCAGAAAGAAUUUGAAAAAGUCAAGCAAACAUUCCGUGCACAGAUUGACUCCCUAUAUGCCCAACUUCAGUCUGUACAACAGUCUAAGGAAAAGGAAGAAGUUGCUCAAAAGACAUUGAUUUCUAAGAUUCAAAAGUUGAUUGAUAAUUCCGGCAUUUAUUUCUCAACCAAGUUUGAAUCAUUUGAAGAACUCUGCAGCUUCUUUGAAACCAAAGCAAUCAAAGGUCCAUCUUCAGUUCCAAAAGCGAAAAAUGCUGAAAAAGCUCAAACACCAGUCAACGUUAUUGAAGAAAGAUCUCCAGAAUACGAAGCUAAGAUCAAAGAGCUCAAAGUUCAACUCAAGAAACAGAUCUCUGUUACAAAGGACCUUGAGGAGCAAAUUAGAAUCAAUGCUCGCUCAACAACACAGCUUACAAAUAAGCACAAUGCUGAAGUUGAAUCAUUAAAGGCUAAGAUUGCUCAGAUUAAUGAGGAUAAUGCCAAUACAGUUAAUGAUUACAAGCGCAAGAUUACAAAUCUUGAGAACAAGAUUGCAGCUGCAAAGGACAAGGAUCAGAAGCCUGCUCAACCAGCUAAGCAAGCUUCAGAUAAAGCAGUUCCAGCUCAAGAGAAACAACAGCCAGUUAAAUCAAGGAAUGUUCCUCAGCAAACUGAACAGCCAAAGGCUGCUCAACCAACAGUUCAAAUUCCAUCAAUUUCUCAGAACGAUUUAGAUACAAUUACCCAACAAUACACAAACCGCAUUUCUGAGUUGAAUGAACAAAUCCAAACAUUGACAAAGAAGUAUAACGACGCAAUGGAAGUCAACAAGACAUCAGAAGCUAAGUGCGGCCAACUUAUUGUCACAUUAGAUAAGAAUGCAAGCGAAUACCAAGCCCUCAAGAGAGUUCAUGAAGAAACUGUUUGCGAAAUCGAAGCAAUUAGAAAGGCUCUUCAUAGCAGAGAGGCAGCUCCAGACAAGAAGGCCGAAAGAGAAAGAAGGAAAGAACAACAGAAGCAGAAAGCAACAAUUAUCUGCUUAGAGAAAUCCGCUGAAGCUCUCAAGAAGCAAAUCUUCGAUAUCCAAUUCGAUAAGGAAGAAUACAACCGUAAACUUGCUGAAAAGGAUGAUAAAAUCAGAUCUCUUGAGAAUGAAAUCAAGGAACUUAGAAAGUCUCAUGAAGAUUUGAAUGCAGACUUAUCUUAUGCAAACAACAAACUUGAGAACAUCAAGAUCCCAACAGAAAAGGAACUCCUUCCAACAGCUGUUUGGACAACAGGUGAAUUCGAAAAUCCAUUGCAAGGACAAAUCGAAAAGAUCGCUGAUACAGAAGCUUUAUCACCAGCUGCUAAGAUCCAGCACAUCUACAGACAGAUCAACAAAUACUUCACAAAGAAGACAGAAGAUUAUAAGUCCGCUCUUGAUGAUGCAUAUGGUGAUUUAGACAACAUCAGAUGCAUCAUGGGAGAUUUCAUUGUCUCAUUAACAAUUGCUUUGAAUGACAAUGCCAUUACAUUCGAUGAUUUCUUACAAAAGAACCUCAGUGAGAAAGUUGUUAAGGACAUUUCAGCUCUCAGAUCACAACUUGUCGAUGAAAAGAGACGCGCUGAAGUCCUUCAAGCUGUUGUUGACAAGUUCAAUGCAAGCUUUGGCAACUCACAAGGAGAUGUUACAGAUAAAAUCCAUUUAAUCUGCGAUAAAAUGGAGAAGAAGAAAGAGAUCAUCGCCACAAGAACAGAGAAGUGCAAGGCAUACAAGCAAGCACUUAACGAUGCAGAGAUGAAGAUCACAGAAAUGGAAAGAGACAACCAAUUCAACCUUGAAACUAAAGAUAUGGAAAUCAAGGACUUGACAGAAAAGAACAAAUCUCUUACAGAACAACUCAAGCAGCUCAAGGCAGAGAACAAGCAAUUAAAGGACACAACAACAGAACAACAAGAACAAAUUGAAUCCAUCAAGCAAGAGCUUGAAGAGAACAAGGAAAGCCUUGAAGAAGAAAGGAAAUGCCUCGAAGAAACAAUUUCUAGGAAGCAUGAAGAAGCAAACACUAACUUGCAAUCAGAGUUAUCUGCAGCUUCUGCAAAUGUUGUUGAAUUAACAGAACAAUGCCAGCGCCUUAAGGAGGCCGUUACAAUGCAGAAGGGAAUCAUUGCUGAAAGAGAAAAGGUAAUUGAAGAACUUAAGGCUGAUUUGGCAAAGACAACAGAUUCAUAUGAAACACGCCAUGAAAUAGAGAAGAAGCAGAUCAUCGAAUCAUAUGAAAAGGCAAUCCAAGAAAUCACAAAACAAUGCGAAAUGCACAGGAGCGAUGUGGAAAAGCUCAGCGUUGCAAUCGCACAGACUGAAAAGAAGCUCAAGGAUGCCCAAGCAUCAAGAAUGAAGGCAAAGAGAAUGAAAGUCAGAGCUGAAGCCGAAAUCAAGUCUCUUGAGGAACAAAUUUCUCGUGAAAAGAAGUUAACCGAGUCAGCAAUCAAAAACGCUGCAAUUGCCAAUGAAGCAGAUGCUUCUAAUAAGAUCAAUGCUGUAAAAGCUAAAGCAGAUGAGGAGAAGCGCAAGCUUAUUGCUACAGCAGCACAAGAAUUUUCUCAAUUCUUCAAUGCUGGAGAAGCAAUUGACGAAAGAGCAUUCAAGAAUCUUAUACAGAAGGCUAGAGACGAGAUUUCUAGAUUGACAAAGAUGGAUGCUGCAAUCAGACGCCUUGUUGGUGCUACUGGAAAUCAAUCAACAGAUGAUGCAGUUGCUCAGAUCUUAAUCCACUAA